AUGGCUGAGCCACGAUCUUCUUUCAAUAUGAAGCCUGAUGUCGAUGCCGUUGAGAAUGUCGUUAAGGAUCCUCAUCAUGAAUCGCAUGACGCAUCUGAUCCUCUGAACUUGCCUGUUUGGCGCAAGUACAUGAUCAUCCUCAUCGUAGGAUUCUACUCCGGUAUCUCAGUCCUUGGCACAUCCGGUCUCGGUGCUGUAACCCCCGAACUACACCAAAUCUACCACAACGAUGACCCGAAACGCAUCACCGAUCUUCUCACCUACCCAACCCUCUUCAUGGGUAUCGGCAACCUCUUCUCCAUGCCACUCGCUAAUGCCGUCGGUCGUCGUCCCAUCUUUCUCUUCUCCGUCCUUCUCUUGACAGUCUCGGGUAUCUGGUGCGCAUGCUCAAACUCCCUCUCCAGUCACAUUGCUGGAAGAAACAUCUUUAGUUUGGCUGCGGGACAGAGUGAAGCUUUGGCACCUUUGAUUGUGCAGGAAGUUCACUUUCUUCAUCAGCAUGGUGUCAAGUUGUCGUACUUUGUUGGUGUGCAAAACACUUUGACUGCCGCACUUUUUACCGCGACUACCUACAUUGUGCCAACUAUUGGACUCCCUUGGUGGUAUGGUAUCAUGACCAUCAUCAACGGCUGCACCAUGAUUAUGUCAUUCUUCUUCUUGGCUGAGACACGCUUUGAUCGUCCAGAAGAUGCUUCUGAGGGAGCUGUUCAUCUGCGACUCGACAAGAACGGCGACGUUGCUCGUGAAGGUACCAACGAAGUCUUGUUCCAAGUCACCACCCGCCAAGGCGUUGUCCUCCAGCCAGAGAAGUUCGGCGAGAGAACCUUCCGCGACGACAUUCGUCUCUUCCAUGGUAAAUUCGACUGGCCUAGCGCUCUCCACUUCUAUCAGGAUGUUGGCAAGUCUCUCAUUCUGCCACCCAUUCUUUGGAUCUUUAUCCUCAACGGUGCUUUCUUGGGUCUUUACAUCUACCAAGCAUCCACUUUUGCACAGAUUCUUGUCAUGCCACCUUACGGUUUUAGUCCAGAGCUUCUUGGCUGGGUUCAGCUUGUUCAGAUUGUUGAUUGUCUUAUUGCCGUACCCAUCCUCGGUUAUGGUUCGGAUCUGAUCUGCAAGUUUAUGAGUCGACGAAAUGGGGGUGUCUUCGAGCCUGAGUACCGUCUCCUCACCCUUAUUAUCCCAGCUGCUGCCGCCAUCAUCUCAGCCAUCUUCUACGGCCGCGCAGCUGCCAACCCCAAUGACUACCACUGGAUCGCCAUCGUGGCGUGCUACCAUCUUGGCUUCUUUGCCUUCCUUGGAGCCAACCUGGUUGGUAUUACUUUCGUCAUGGACAGUUACCCCAACAAGUCGGGACCUCUGCUUCUUGUUGUCUGCGCUGGUCGAGGUUUUGUCUCGUUUGGCUUGAGCUACGCAACUGUUCCUUCAAUCGAGUCUCUCGGUUAUGAUGGUGCUAUGAAUAUUUUGGCUAUUAUCUGCGGUGUUUUGAGUGGUUUCGGAAUAGUUGUGUACUUUAUUGGAAAGCGUGUUCGUGAGUGGGCUCGAAGGACUAUCUGGCCCAAGGCUCAUGAGGAGUGA